CGCUGGGGCGAGCAGCUCCCCGCGGGCACCCGCCGGCGCCGCCAACCUCCCGGCUCCUCUGGCCGCUGCGGCGCGGCGCGGUCAGGCGCGGCACGGGCAGCCCCGCGCCGGCGGCGGCGAAGGCCACCUGCGGGCGCGAAAGGCCCCGGGGGCGGGAGGCGGUGGCACCAUGUCGGUGAGCGACAUGUUCAUCGCGCUGCAGGGCGUCCUCACCGCCGACCAGGACAUCCGCGAGGAGAUCCGGAAGGUGGUGCAGGCGCUGGAGCAGACGGCCCGGGAGAUCCUGACGCUGCUGCAGGGCGUGCACCAGGGAGACGGCUUCCAGGCCAUACCAAAGAAAUGUCAGAAGGCUCGUGAACACUUCAGUACAGUGAGAACGCAGCUGGAAUCUCUGAAGACCAAGUUUCCUGCUGAUCAGUAUUACAGAUUUCAUGAGCACUGGAGGUUUGUGCUUCAGCGGUUGGUGUUUCUGGCAGCAUUUCUAGUCUACUUGGAGUCAGAAACGUUAGUGACCCGAGAAGCUGUUGCAGAAAUACUUGGGAUUGAAGCUGAGCGAGAGCGGGGCUUUCACCUGGACAUUGAAGACUAUCUUUCUGGUGUAUUAACACUCGCCAGUGAGCUGUCCAGACUGGCAGUGAACAGUGUCACAGCUGGUGACUAUUCUCGCCCUCUCCGCAUCUCCACUUUUAUCAACGAGCUGGAUUCUGGCUUCCGUCUCCUCAACCUGAAGAAUGACUCUCUGAGGAAACGUUACGAUGGCCUGAAAUACGAUGUCAAGAAAAUUGAGGAAGUGGUUUACGAUUUGUCCAUCAGAGGACUCAAUAAGGAGGCAACGGUUGCUGUGGGUGGAGAGAAAUGAAGGAUGCUCAUUUUAACAGCAUCAUUGAUUACCUCAGAUGGUUGCCAAUUUAGGAAGCGUGUUAGUGAAACCUUCCUACAGUAGUUUAGAAGAACUGCAGCUGAAAGCUGCUCUCUAUUUUCUUACAAAAGCUGUUGUACGGGUGUUAGAUCUCAAAAUGUUUUGUUAAAUCAUGUCUAGAUUAGGGGAGGAGGCUCUCUGUUUCCAGUGGAAUUCCUCUGUUAAAACACAUGGUGCCAUUCAGUGCACAGCAGCAAUAGUAGUCACUGACUCCCAUGAGGUGGAAUUCUCUGUAGUUCUGUAGCGUUGCUUCACUGCUCUGGCAGCAAUGUGCUUCAGCUGUCUCUGCCCACACACCUUUAAAGAUGUGUGCUCACUGCAGAUACAUGUGAUGUUUUAAAAACCACAGUGUGUAAAUAGGUAUACAUUUUUUUAAGACACUGAUCGUUAUUUUUUUGCCUUUUUGUUUCUUAAAAUGGCUUCUGUUAACAUAUGCCCCCCUUUACUGAGAAAUUAGUGAAAAUAUUCCUGAGAAUGUCUCCAUUGGAACUAGUGUAUUGCACUCGGGCACAUCUCUCUCUCUCUUUCUGUCGUGUUGUUUUCCUUCCCUCCAAGGUUUCUGUUACCAGGGGGAGCAAGUUUUUCUCAAACAUCUGCUUUCACUGGCUGGUAUUUGUUUUACUGACAUAAGUAAAUGCUGAGUUUUAAUAUAGUCAUUUGCCUUGAGAACUCAGUGUAACCAGUUUUUUUUUUUUUUAACUACACGGUUUCCAAAUAGAGAAGUGCUAACUGAUAAACUGCAGGUAGAGCCUGAGUAGCCAUACUGCAUCUGUGCUCUGGGGUUAAAAAAAAAACCAAAACCCACACCAAAACUAUAGCUCAUGUUGUAAAAUGUUUGUAUCUUCAGAAAAUGGGAAAGUACUACCUUCAGGUACUUUGCAUGUAAGAUGUCUGCAAACACCAACCACCCCUUUCGUUUGUGGAAAUGGACAGACUCAUACCUCCCAGUCUGUGUGGUCUCUUGUCCUAAAUGACUGAGUUUUGCCAUUCUUCUCCUUCUGCUGGUGUGGGAGGGUUAAGGAGAAAAACUGACUUCUUUAGGAGGACAAGUAUUUCCAGAGGAUGAACGCGGAUAGUCAUGAUUAUGUGGGGUCUGUUAGUGUUUCUUUUUUUUUUUCUUUUCUUUUUUUUUUUUUUUGUGUAGCAAAAUUUACCAGUGUUUCAGUUAGGGUUUGGUUUUUUUUAUUGGAAGAAAAUGGUUUCUUUGUUACUUUGGCCAAUAAAAGCUGUUCUUUGAUUUUG